AGCAUGCAUGGUCACUUUGAAGAAGUGAUCCAUGUCAAACAAGGACUUCAUCAGAGACACAUACAAAUGAUCGCCCUGGCGGGGACAAUUGGCACUGGACUAUUCUUGAGUUCGGGUCGAGCGGUGGCACAUGCCGGUCCUCUAGGAGCAUGGCUGGGCUACAGCAUCAUCGGUAUAGCCGUGUGCAGCGUGGUAUUAGCAGUUGCCGAGAUGGGAGCUCUGGUGCCCUUGUCCGGAAGUGUAGUACGCUUCAGCGAGUUCUUCGUUGAUCCUGCUUUAGCUUUUGCCAAUGGCUGGAAUAUGAUCUAUAGCUACGCGGUCUCAAUCCCGUCUGAGAUUGUAGCUGCUGCGGUACUGGUUGAAUUCUGGACCGGAGACGAGGUCAACAGUGCUGUCUGGAUCACCGUCUUUGGAGCGCUGAUUAUCAUUUCGUCUCUGCUCUUUGUGAGAGUGUUUGGCGAGCUAGAGUUCGGCUUCUCGAUGAUCAAGAUUUUCCUGGUCAUCUUCCUCAACAUCCUAUCGCUAGUCAUCACAUGUGGCGGAGGUCCUAGCGGGAAAUCCAUCGGCUUCCAGUACUGGAGGAAUCCUGGGCCAUUUGUGCAAUAUCUCGGGGUUUCCGGCUCACUAGGCCAAUUCAUGGGCUUCUGGUCUACUUUCAACAAUGCGGUGUACGCAUAUGGAGGCAUACAUGCGAUUGUCAUCGCAGCAGCGGAGACGAAGAAUCCUCGACAAGCGAUUCCGAUGGCAGCCAAGCGCAUCUUCUGGAGAGUACUCAUCUUUUAUGUCAUCACCAUCUUCAUGGUGGGAUUGGUGGUCCCGUCGAACGAUCGAAACCUUCUGGAAUGGACUGGAACGGCCACUCAGAGUCCUUUUGUGAUUGCCGCCAAACGAGCCGGCAUCAAGGGUGUUCCGUCCUUCAUUAACGCUAUGGUACUUACAUCUGCCUGGUCUGCCGCCAACAGCAACAUGUUAGCAGGCUCUCGUGUGCUCUUCGGCAUGGCAAAUGCAGGACAAGCACCCAAGAUCUUCGCUCGACUGAACCGCUUCAGCAUUCCCUGGAUUGCAGUGGGUCUACUUUCCAUCUUCAUGGCACUCGGCUACAUGACUCUGGAAGAUACCGCUUCGACCGCAUUCACAUGGCUUCAAGAUCUCGUCGCUGUCAGCACUUUGACGGACUGGAUUAUUGUGUUGAUCACCUAUCUUCGCUUCUACUAUGGCUGCAAAGCUCAAGGGAUCGAUCGCAGAAGAGAAUUACCGUGGGCGGCACCUUUCCAGCCUUGGUUCUCGUGGGCUUCACUGAUCUUGUUCUUGGUGCUGUUGUUGACCUCUGGAUAUACUGUGUUCAUCCAUGGCCAUUGGGAUACUGAGACCUUCAUCUCGAGUUAUUUCAACAUUCCAUUUACGUUGAUCCUGUACGUCGGAUAUAAGUUCUGGUUCAAAACUGAAACCAUUGCGGUGAAAGAUCUGCCUAUUCGGGGCUUUAUCAAUGUGGCGAGGGACAACCCCGAAGAGAAAAUCCCGGAGAAAAAGGGCUGGAGGAAACUCAAUGUGUUGUGGUAAAAAAAAUGGGCACACCCCAUACCACUGUGCCUUGUGUCCUUGAUAGAUCUCGUAAGAAUGU